UGUGUACGUAAUAAUAAUUGCGCAUGCGUUGAAAAUGAUGUCUUAUAAAUUCCGCGCCAAAAACUGAAACUCGUUUGGACUUGGCAUAUGUUAGUUGUCUAAAUAUAAAUCACUAGUGAACUUUUUGAUGGAGAAAUAAUUUUUUCAUUAAUUGUUGUAGAAAUAUCGUUUCUGUAUUCGUAUUUGUAUAUGGAGAUUUUGAAAUGUCUCAACACGGUGCUGCUUUGCAAGCAUAUAAUCAAGAACUUGUAAAGUGUUUAGAAGAAAUGAAAUUGAGGCGCACAGAGUUACAGGCGGAAAUCGAAUCUCAGGAAGAAGAAAAAAAUCACUUGCAAAGAGAAAUAGAAAAGCUAUCUUACAAAUUAACACGUUUGAAUGAUAGUUUGACUAAGAAAAUAACGGUCAGAAAUGAAUAUGAUAGGACUAUUGCUGAUACGGAAACAGCAUACAUAAAAAUUUUGGAAAGUUCUCAGCUGUUGUUAAACAUGAUCAAGAGAGAAGCUACAAAUCUAGACCAAACAUUGAUUAAAGCUAACAUGGAUAAAAAACAGUGUCAAUGAAAUGUAAAAUAAAAAUUAAACAAAAUGGGGAACAGCGGCAUUUAUAAAUUUAUAAAAUAUAUUUAUUGAACUUGUAACUAUAGAGACAAAUCUAUCAAUAUCAUUUUAACAAGUAUAAAAUUG